AUGGAACUUACACGUCGUAAAAGUCAAACAAAUAAAAUCAAUGAAAAUAAUCUAACAGCUUUAAAUAACCCAUUAAUUUCUAAUGAAAAAAGAAAAAAUUCAACUGAUAUAAUGUCAACAGAAAAAAAUAAUUUUUUAUUCUAUCUACAAAAAUUAUUUCUUGAUCAAAUUUCAUCAAAUACUUAUUUUCAUACACGAAUUCUAUUCAUACGUUUACUUGGUCUUAUAUAUACAUUCAGUUUUCUUGCUGCUUAUCAUCAAGCACCUAUUCUUAUCGGUUAUCAAGGUCUUUAUCCAUCAUAUAUUUAUAUGAAACGAAUGAAAGAACGUUAUGGAAUAUGGCAAUCACCAUCAAUUUUCUAUUUUUUACCUUCAAUGGAUACAUCUGAUAUAUCAUUACGUACAAUUUGUGCUUUAGGUACUUUACUUGGAAUAUUUUUAUUAUUUACUGGACGAUGUAAUUCAAUUAUUUUAUUUAUACUUUGGUAUUUUCAAACAAGUCUACAUAAUAUUGGACAAUUAUUUUAUGGAUAUGGUUGGGAAAUACAAAUACUUGAAACAACAUUUUUAGGAAUGUUUCUUGUACCAUUAUAUAGUUUAUCAAAGAUCGAUCGGCAUAGUCCACCGAGUAUUUUAUUUAUUUUUCUAAUGCGUUUUUUAAUUGCUCGAAUUAUGCUUGGUGCUGGUUUAAUUAAAAUUCGUGGUGAUCAAUGUUGGAGAGAUCUUACUUGUAUGGACUAUCAUUAUGAAACUCAACCAAUACCAAAUCCAAUAUCAUAUUAUCUUCAUCAAACAUCAAGUACAUUUCAUAAAUUUGAAGUACUUAUAAAUCAUUUUACUGAACUAAUUGUACCAUUUAUAUGUUUUGGUCCAUGGCGUUCUAUUAGACAUAUUGGUGGAACAUUACAAAUUUUAUUUCAAAUAUUAUUAAUUAUAAGUGGAAAUUUAAGUAUUUUAAAUUGGCUUACAAUUUUACCAGCAUUAUGGUGUUUAGAUGAUUCAUAUCUAUUAUAUAAAUAUAUAUUUAAACGUGAAAUAUAUACAGAAAUAAUUUCUUAUGGUUUUCGACGACGAAUAAAAUUUUUAAGAUCAAUAAUAAAAUUAUUUGUAUUUAGUUUAGUAAUUUAUUUAAGUAUUGAUCCAAUAUUAAAUUUAUUUUCACGUUAUCAACGAAUGAAUUCAAGUUUUGAUCGAUUUCAUCUUGUUAAUACAUAUGGUGCAUUUGGUAGUGUUGGAAAAAUUCGUAAUGAAGUUAUUAUUAGUGGUUGUAAUCGAUCAACUAUUGAACAAUGUAAUUAUGAUAAUGCUUGGCUUGAAUAUGAAUUUAGUUGUAAACCAGGAAAAAUUGAUAAAUCACCUUGUUUUACUGCGCCUUAUCAUCGAAGAUUAACAUGGCAAUUAUGGUUUGCAGCAAUGCAAAAUUUACAAUAUAAUCCGUGGCUUAUUCAUUUAAUGGCACAUUUACUUGCAUCUGAUCAAUAUUCACCUGUAAAUGUUGUUUUAUCUAUUGGAGGAAAUCCAUUUCCCGAUGCACCACCACGUUUUAUUAAAGCUGAUUUAUAUCGUUAUAAAUUUACACGUAUGAAUAGUGGAAAUAAAAAUUGGUGGAUACGAAGUAAUCAACAACCAUAUUCACCAAUAUUUGAAUUAAAAAGUCCACAAUUAAAAUCUAUUCUACGACAAAUGGAAUGGAAAAUUCCUAAAGUACCUAUGCGAUCGUGA